CUCCUCCUCAGUCUGCGUCAGCCCCGUCAAAGUCUCCGGAGGGGAGCUGCGUUGGUGCUGAAGCGAGGCUGAGGGAAGAGCACGGCAGGCCGAAUCCCUGCGCGAGAAGAAUGGCUUUCAGGAGCCUUGAACCCUCUUCCUGUGAUACUUUUGUGGCUCUGCCUCCUGCCACAAUUGGCAAUAGGAUCAUCUUUGGUAAGAACUCAGAUAGACCCUCUGAUGAAGUCCAGGAGAUUGUGUACUUCCCUGCUGCAACUCACAGCCCAGGAGAAAAAGUUGAGUGUACUUACAUUGAAAUUGAGCAAGUGCCAGAAACAUAUGCAGUUGUCCUGAGUCGUCCAUCAUGGUUGUGGGGUGCUGAGAUGGGGGCCAAUGAGCAUGGAGUUUGCAUUGGAAAUGAAGCAGUGUGGGGGAAAGAAGAAGUCCACGAUGAGGAAGCACUCCUAGGCAUGGACCUUGUCAGGCUUGGUCUUGAAAGAGCUGAUACAGCAGAAAAAGCUGUCACUGUCAUUGUUGACUUGCUGGAUAAAUAUGGCCAAGGUGGAAACUGCAUGGAGAGUCACAUGGCAUUUUCAUACUAUAAUAGUUUUCUAAUAGCAGACAGAAAAGAGGCUUGGGUAUUGGAAACUUCCAGAAAGUACUGGGCUGCAGAAAAAAUAGGAGAAGGAGUAAGGAAUAUUUCCAACCAGCUUUCAAUAACAACCAAAAUUGAUCGUGAACAUCCUGGAGUCAGGAGUUAUGCUACCAGCCAAGGCUGGUGGAAUGGCAAAAAAGAAUUUGAUUUUGCUGCCACUUACUCAUAUGUAAAUACUGCCAGGAUGACUACCACAAGAGGCAGAUAUUGUGAAGGCUAUAAGCUUCUAAAAGAAUACGAAGGGCAUAUAACAGCUGAGACCAUGAUGGCAAUCCUUCGAGAUAAGGAGAGUGGCAUUAAUAUGGAAGGUAGCUUUAUGACUACUGGAAGCAUGGUUUCCAUAAUACCGCAAGAUCAGAACCUCCCUUGCAUACAUUUCUUCACUGGAACGCCAGACCCCGAGAGGUCUGCCUUUAAACCUUUUAUAUUUGUGCCAAAUAUUAAUCAGCUACUAAAAACAAGUUCUCCAGUAUUUGGUCCUGAGGAUCCCGUUAAACAGCAACCACGCUUCCAAACUAAGCCAGACAGAAGACAUGAACUCUACAAAAAACACGAAAGUGCAGUUCACUUAAUAGAAUCCUCUACGGAGAAGGGUAAAAUCAUCAAAGAAAAGAUCCAAAAAUUGGAAAAAGAGAAGAUUAGCCAAAUGGAGACUAUUCUACAGAAUGGACAUCUUGAUGCUGAUCAAGUAGUUCAUCUUUUUUCUAACUGCACGGAAGAAGAAAUCUCUGCAUAUGCCUAAUGAACUUUUGCAGUUGCUUGGUUUCACUCUCAACUGCUUGUUUCUCAAAGCAAUUUUAGUUUUUGCACAUUUAUUGGUAAAUGAGGAGUUGUGUACGAUCAUGGAUAUGUAGCAGUUGUGAAUAUGUCACUGGAUGUUAUGUUUUUGCAUUUGCACAAUGUAUUCCAGACAGUAUUUUCAGACUUUUAAUUGCACUGUGAAAUUGUGUGAAACUGCUGUAGUCUUCCCAGUUGCACUAAAGCACUUAUAUUUUCUAAAUACUUAAAAAAAUAUUGGCUGGAAUUCACCAGGUCAGAUAUGAAUCCUUAAUCUACAGUUAACCUGCAGUUAUUUACGACAUGUUCAAAUUAAUGAUCCCUGGGUAUCUACUAGUCUGCCUAAAUACUCCUAAGGACACCAGCUCCCAUCUGAUCUUGGAAGCUAAGCAGUGUCAGUGCUGUUUAGUACCAAUGAAUACCAGGUGCUGUAGUUUAUAUUUCAGAGGAAGGAACUGGCAAAACUACCAAAUGUUCCUUGCUUAAGAAAACCUUAUGUAAUUCAUGGGUUCGCCAUAAGUCAACAGGCAACAUGAAGACAUGUGUACAUGUGCAUUUAUUCUGUAGUUUAGGGGAUUCUUAGGGACUGUGAAAGUCCCAAUACCCAAUUACCGAGCAGUAGCUUCUGUGAAGGGUGCAGGGGUAUUUUUCUCUUGCUGCCUGGAAACAGCUAACAGUUCCACUUCUGUGAGCAAGUUCUGGCAAGAGGAGAUAUUGUGAUUAUGGUCCUUCUGCAUGUUGCAUCAAAGAUCACUCAUAGGAGUGGAAACAUUAGUGAGAUGCUUCCUGAUCAACAAGGGAACAGAUCCUCACUGGCUGCAGUGGUGGCUGCCCAGUAGUGAAGAUUGGGAGUUGGAAGGCAGAUUAGCAGUCACUGCAUAGCAACAGAACUAGAGCAUAGUCAUGGGACUGGUAUUUGUCUCAUAUGUUUCUUUCAUUUCAUACCAUUCAUUUGGAUGGCAUAAAAUGAAAGACCCCUUGAAUGAAAGAACGGGUGACACAAAAAAGAAAGUUGCACGGUAACCAUUUGUUUGGUUUUUGGGCCGUGUGGCUUUCCUCACGUGGCCCAGGGAGUCCUAUAUACCUCUGAGGAUGAGGUGGUGGUGUUUGGGCCAAUCAGAGGCCAAGAAAACUGAUGUCACCAGGCUAUUUAAUUGGAUGACUGCCCCCAAGGUGCCUAUUGUGGGAGUGUCGUUGGUUCUGGCCCGUUGCUGCUGCUGCUGCUGCUCUCUCCUGCCUGCCAGUGGUUGCUUGCCUUCCUUGCCUAAGUUGCCUUGCUGCCAGCCAGCAGGGAAAGAUUUUUUGGGUUGUUUUUUUUUUGCCUUAGCUUGGCAUCUUUUUGCUUUCUUUAUUUUUAUUUCUUUGUUUUUCUUUAAACGAUCUGGGAGUUUAAAAGGGCUGGGGGUGGGUUUGGGUGCUGAGUGGCGCACAUGGGGCUUUGGGGAGAAGGAGAUCUCUUUGCUAGCUGCUUUCUUCCAUUUGCUUUAAUAAUACUUUAAAA